GAAGCCCACGUGAUCAACGGGCGGGGGUGGAAAGCGACAUUUCGCAUGCCCAGAACUCCACAGGCUGCAGCAUCACAACGAGCCGGCUCGAUCUACACCUCGGAUGUUAUUUUAUCCUUUGUAUUUAUUUGGAUUUUAUUUCACCGCUAAAUAAUUUGUAAAUAAUCGCUGUUUUAUUGCUUGUCACUCACAAAUAUUUUAUUUCAAGUGAAUUAAUCAUUUUUUUCACUUUUCAUAAUUAUUUUUUAUGUAAUAAAAAUUUUUAUUUUUAAACGUGAUAUUUGGCCAAGGGAUGAUAACGUGUGACACAAGUUUUGUUGUUAAAAAUGUUUUAUGAAUUGUGGAAAAUAAGAGGGAAGUGAUCUGCUUAAAAAGAGGUUGGAUAUGUUAACCGAGGACAAUGACCCAACUAAACCGGCAGGGGUUUUAGACAAUACUGGAAAUGUUUCAUCCUCGACGGAAAGUACGCUCCAACACCCUCGUGUUAAUAAUGAAACUGAAGUAAAAAAUGAAGUACAAGACUGUCCAGAAAAUGAAAAUGUACCGGGCAGUGAAUUGUACGUUGAUGAAAAUAUAGACGAUAAAGAACAGGAGUAUCCUGAUUCUAUGGAAAAGUCUGACUAUAGUACUCUUUAUGGAGCUAAUCAGUAUUAUAACAGUUUAUAUAAUUCUCCUUCAUAUGGAUCAGUAACAAAAAAUUCACCGAGCCUUCAAAGCUCGUAUUUAAGUUCAUACACAACACCAAGCCCAAUGGCCCAGUAUGGCUCGUAUCCUGGAUACAACAGCAGCAGUUCAACAUUUUCACCAGUGGGGCAAAACAUAUCUUCAGCCUCCCAGAAAUUAGACUACAGCGCGUAUAGUAGCACCUGUCUCUAUGGGAAUGAGCGGAUGCCGCUUCAAUAUUCCGGGUAUUAUCCGAUGCCAGGAUAUCAUUCGACAUCAUCGUCAUUUAAUAUCGGAAACCUUAAUUUCACAGAUUCAAACAAGGCGAGUAGUCUCACGCUGGACUCAUCCGGCCACGACGCCAAUGAUUUGACGACCCGCGACACUAUAGAAGGUAAAAAUAAGAAAAAGAUGGAUAGGACAAGCGCAUCAGCGAAGCCCUGCAAGCGCGGAAGACGUCAAAGCGGAAGCGGAAACAGUAUUGGAUCCGCUGAUACUACUGAAGGCGGCACGGAUCGGAUAUUCAUCUGGGACCUUGAUGAAACCAUAGUUGUGUUCCAUUCCCUGCUUACUGGACAGUUUGCGACCAAGCAUGGCAAGGACCCGGCGUUGUUGGCUCAGCUGGCGUACAGGAUGGAAGAAAUGAUAUUCAAUUUGGCAGACACACAUUUCUUCUUCAAUGACGUUGAGGAUUGCGAUCAAGUGCACAUUGAUGACGUUUCAUCAGACGACAAUGGUCAAGAUUUAUCCUCGUACAACUUUGCAGCGGAUGGGUUCCAAUGUGCAUCUGCAAACAAUGGAAUUUGUCUGGCUUCCGGAGUCCGUGGUGGCGUUGAUUGGAUGCGAAAGCUGGCCUUUCGUUACAGGAAAAUAAAGGAAACAUACAGUAAUUGCAGGAACAACGUAGGCGGUUUACUGGGAGCUAAACGGGAGUCCUGGCUGCAAUUGAGAUCAGAAAUUGAGCUGCUCACUGACAACUGGCUCACAUCUGCUGUCAAGUGUCUCAGUCUCAUCAGCAAGCGCAGUCACUGUGUUAACAUACUUGUAACCACCACACAACUCGUUCCUGCGCUGUCCAAAGUGCUACUAUUUGGUUUAGGGGGGCUUUUUCCUAUUGAGAAUAUUUAUUCAGCGACUAAAAUUGGUAAAGAGAGUUGCUUCGGACGAGUUGUAGCUAAAUUUGGAAGGAGAUGCACUUAUGUAGUCAUUGGCGAUGGCUCUGAUGAAGAAACUGCUGCUCGAGCGCACAAUUUUCCCUUCUGGAGGAUAAAUAGUCACUCGGAUACUCAAGCGCUCUACAAUGCCCUUGAAAUGGGCUUUCUUUAAUUUUUUUUUUAUAAAAAUAUUUAAGAUGAAGAUAAAUCUUCGCUACAUCUCAACUUAUCGUCAUUCCUAAUUAGUUAUUAUUAUUAAGGCCAAGAUUUUUGCCUUUUAGAAAUUAAUGUUUUAAAUUUUUGAUAUUACAGCGAAAAUAUUAGUCCUAA